GGGGUCUAGAGGGAAGAGGCGGGGCCUAGGGUCGGGCCUAUGGGCGGUGGUCACUGGAGCCGUCGGGCCGGGCAGCGAACCGCUCGGGACGGUCGGGCGGCGCCGUGUCCUCCGCCAUGACAGAUCUGACCUACUGUGACCGUCUGGUACAAGACACACCUUUCCUAACAGGACAGGGCCGCCUGAGCGAGCAGCAGGUGGACAGAAUCAUUCUCCAGCUGAAUCGCUACUACCCACAAGUCCUCACCAACAAGGAGGCCGAAAAGUUCCGGAACCCCAAGUCAUCCUUGAGGGUGCGGCUCUGUGACCUCCUCAGCCACCUGCAGCGGAGUGGGGAGCGGCACUGUCAGGAGUUCUAUCGAGCGCUCUACAUCCACGCGCAGCCCCUGCAUAGUCACCUGCCCAGCCGCCACACUCUGCAGAACUCAGAUUGCACAGAGCUCGACUGGGGCAGCGAUGGCCGCGAGCUGAGUGACAGGGGACCCAUGAGCUUCCUGGCAGGCCUAGGCCUGGCAGCCGGCCUGGCCCUCCUCCUCUACUGCUGCCCUCCUGAUCCCAAGGUACUGCCUGGGGCCCGGCGCAUCCUCGGCUUCUCACCCGUCAUCAUUGACAGACAUGUCAGCCGCUACCUGCUGGCUUUCCUGGCAGAUGACCUUGGAGGGUUCUGAUGAACCCACACCCCUGGCCUUGCCUGCUGCUCAACCAAAGAAUCCCCUGGUUGCCCACUGUGGAGCCAGUGCUUCUUUUUCUAAAUACUUAUUUUUCAUUAUUUAUCAUUUCUGUAAGAAGCACAUCACCUUCACUGUACAAGGUGCUUAAUAUUAAAUGUUCCAAUCACCUCAA